UCCGCGCACCUUCGUCUGCCGCCGUCACCAAGCGCCACAACCCGAUGAAAUGCACCGUCUGCACGGAUGGAUUCAAGUUCCCAACGAGCACACCCUGCUUUGAUAACUACUGCGUGCGAUGCCUAGAGGACCAUAUUCUCACGUUCAAAAGGGGCGCAGGAUGCGACUGUCCGCUGUGCAGGUGUGGGAUAUUGUUGCCGCUGUCGGCACAGAAGGACGGUCUUCGUUACCAAGGAAAAAUGAUCAAUUCGCUAAAUGGAACUGGGCUACGCGUUUGCAAUAACUGUAAGGAAUCCAGAUUGGCACAAUAUCGAUGUAACGCAUGCGAAGAGCAGUUCUGCGAAAAGUGCAAUAAAGAUUUCCUGCGCCGCAUGCGAAUCGACGGGCAUUUUAAUACAACGCAUUUCAGCGAUUUCACCGGCGUCGACCACGCUAUUCCGGCCAUCAGUGCCGUCGGUCUAGACGAAGACUCGCUCGAUUCCGUUUCAUUACCAUCACUGCUGCCAAAGAGCUUCGGGUUACGAUGCAAGGAUCACGACGAUGAAGAACUACGAUUCCACUGCAAAGACUGCGACAAAAGCAUCUGUCGGGAUUGCAAGAUUCUGUCCCACGAAGGUCACCAAACGUUGGCACUCGAUGACAUUUAUGAAGACAGAAAGCAACAUUUGUCUCAAGCCAUCAAAUUGUCAAACGCCAAUAUCAGAAAAUUACACGCCGAGUGCGCUGAGAUCAAUUCCAAGAAGUUAGAAAUCGAUCAGGAAUCUAGGGAAGCAAUUUCCCAAAUUGAAAACCAGGCUAAUGAAGCGAAACGGAUGAUUGAUGAACUGUCAAAAGCAAUGAUAAAGACAAUUCUGACGCAGAACACUCAGAGUCGCGGACAACUUGACCGUAGUCGAGAAAUAGUCAAGGAAAAAGUCAAGACGUUGCAGAGUUAUGUCGAAGAAAGUACAAAGUACCUUGACUCAGACAACUGCUUUGACAUUAUUGACAAAUCUCCAAAGAUGACCAGAGCGAUGAACGAGACAGACGUGUCUCCGACUGCCGAGCGGCAUUGGCGUAAGAAGUACGUGUUCCUACCCGUUGACCUGAAGAUUCAGACAUCUCAGCACAUGUUCGGUCGCCUGCAGACCAUUGUGGAAGGCCUCAUUAGAGAGGUGCCAUGCGUGGAACUGGAGCUCCAAAGCACUUUCAACAGCGACAUGAAAUACAAGAGUACGACUUCACUAGCGCCUCUAACCGAUGGCACUGUUUGGGUGUGCAACGGAGAAGCGGCAAUAUGUAAGAUAUACGUGUACAAUAUGACCGGCAAACCGAUGAAAGAAAUUCUUGUAGAUGUUGGAACAAAGGGAGUGAGCCUUUUCAGGAUUUGUCAUACGAUAAAUGAAGAGUACAUUGUAUCAACCGGGCUCUCGGCUUUGUAUUAUAUCAUCGGCGAAACUGGAGAGCUGAAGUUUCGCUACCAGGCCUCAACAUCGGCUGACGGAGUGGCAAGCGACUCCCAUGGUCUGAUCUACUUGUCAGCAUGCAAAGAUGACACCCUGUACAUUCUAAACAGCAAAGGUGUACCAAUACCAUCGUCGUACGCCAUGCAUAAACCAACUGCUGUAGCUAUUGACAACGCUGACACGAUCUGGGUUGGGGACUGGAAUAAAGUGCAUGUCUUAAAGUAUAAGAUGUAA